AUGAGACUCGGUCGCUCGAUAUCGACGGCUCUGCUGUCGUGGUUGGUCACCUGCCCGGCUGUGUCAGGGGCAGCUCUCCCCCGAGCGGAUUCGUCCUCCCACAACGACCUGGAAUCCAUCCUCGCCGGUCACGCCAACAGAGGAGACGACCGGACAUCGCGAACCGCCGCGGCUCUCGCGUCGAGGAUCGCAGAUGCCAACAACCAGUCGGGCCCAGGAGAUCGGUCCAUGCACCAGGCCUGGGCCAAGAUUGAAUCCAUCUUCAACCACACCGAUCGCGCCGAUCAACCGGACCUCUUCGACUAUGCCGACGGUCUGGUCUCGCUGGACCUGAUCCCGUCCGACAUCCUCUCCUUUCUGAACGGCUAUCUCGAUUGGAGCAUCAAUUCCAUCCACAACCGGAACCCCGCCGUGCCCGACGCCGGCAUCUACCCGUCCAAAGAUCCCGCCGAUGCGCCCUAUAGCGUCGCCGAGGCGGACCUGCGCGCGGCCAUCCACAUCCCGGAGUCUUUCUCCUACGGCCAGCAGGGGAAGAAGCCCGUCAUCCUGGUACCGGGCACGGCCGUCCCAGCCGGCAUCACCUACCAUUUUAACCUGGGUCAGCUCGGCCAUGCCGCCCCCGAGGCCGACGUGGUGUGGGUCAAUAUCCCCCAGGCCUCGUUGCGCGACGCCCAGGAGAAUGCCGAAUACGUGGCAUACGCCAUCCACUACAUCGCCGCGCUGUCCCACACCUCCGUCUCGGUCAUCUCCUGGUCCCAGGGCGGCCUGGACACCCAGUGGGCGCUCAAGUACUGGCCGUCGACGCGGGCCCAAGUGGAAGACUUCAUCGCCGUCAGCCCCGACUUCCGCGGCACGGCAGUCCGCUCCAUCGUCUGUCCGGCCCUCGAUCUGCUCGUCUGCACCCCAUCGCUCUGGCAGCAGGGCUGGGAGACCGAGUUCAUCCAGACGGCGCGGGCCGACGGCGGCGACUCGGCCUACGUCCCUACGACGACAAUCUACUCGACCUUUGACGAGAUCGUGCAGCCCCAGAGCGGCGACGACGCCUCGGCCCUUCUGAAAGACGCGCGCUCCAUGGGGGUGUCCAACAACCACCUGCAGACCGUGUGCGCGAACCGCCCCGCCGGCGGCAUCUACACGCACGAAGGCACACUGUACAACCCGCUCACGUGGGCGCUCGCGAUUGACGCGCUCACCCACGACGGGCCGGCUGAUGUAUCCCGCUUGGAUUUGGACGCCAUCUGCCAGCAGGUGCUGCCCGAGACUUUGGGAUUGGAUGAUAUUCUCGGCACGGAAGGCAUCCUGCUAGUGGCUGUUGCGGAACUGCUCCUUUACGUGCCCAAGGCUUUUAAGGAGCCCCGCAUUGCAGACUAUGCUGCCUAG